AUGCCCGUCCAGAACCACAGGGUCGCUGCGCCCCCCGAGCCCUCACUGGCCCAGGCACAGGGCUCGACCGUCAUCAACCGCUCCAAGGGCUCCCAGUCUCGCCCCGUCUCCGCCUUCAAUGCCUCCUCUCCCUCCUCCAGCUCCACCAACUCGGCCCUUCCCUCCAGGCCCGCCGACACCUCCAAGAAGAACGACCCGAACCCGGAGCCCAGCAAGCCGGUCGCCGUCCCGAAAGCACAACCGGCCCCGGAGCCGUCAUCGCCGUCGUCACCCUUCAGCGACCCCAACGACCCCAUCGCCAUGCCGCUGGGUAGCGUUCAAGACAUGUCGUACCUCACGCGACCCCCAAGGUUGCCGCUGCCGAUCGAGGAGGAGGAGCAUACUCCAGGUUCCCCCAUCAUUGCUCCCGCGGACAUUGGGGAGCCGGUGGACUCGGUCGACAAUCUAGAUGCGGAGGGUCUGCCUCGACGGUCAUCUGCUCUUAGCACCACGACGGUGGACGAAGAAGACGCCGAGGAGCUACGUGUAGAUAAGACAAGGCCAACCGUGCCGACUCGCCUAGAGUGGCUACGCGGCGGCGAGAAAGUCUAUGUCACCGGUACUAUAUUCCAAUGGAACCGCAAGCAGAGGCUUCACCCAGUUGAGGGGCGUCCCGGCGUCUUCGCCACGACGAUCAACAUUCUUCCGGGAACUCAUCACAUCAGGUUCCUCGUGGACAACAAUAUGCAAACAUCACCAGAUCUUCCCACAACUGUAGAUUUCGGCAACAAUCUCGUCAAUUAUAUUGAAGUCAGUCCUGACGAUGUACCGCCCGUGCCAGCGGAGGCGUCCGCGGCAGCAUCUGCACAGGAUGAAAAGGCUCUAGCUGAGCGAUCUGCCUCUCAAGCGAGCUCCAGCUCGAAACCGCCCAGGGAGCGGCCGGUGGUGCCCGCAGAGCGCUACAGCUAUGACAUUCCCAGGUAUCUGGUCGACUUUGAUCAGCCAGAGGACACGCCCCUCUAUCAGUCUGCGGUCGCGGCCAUCGAGAAGCUGCCAACUCCCCCCAGCCUGCCUGGAUUCCUCGGAAAGCCCAUCCUGAACGCUGCGGUCCUCAUCAAGGACGACAACAGCGUCCUCAACAUGCCAAACCACACUGUCUUGAACCAUUUAGCGACGAGUAGCAUAAAGAACAAUGUCCUCGCGGUCUCAGCAACAACGAGAUAUAAGAGCAAGUAUGUCACAACAAUCAUAUACAAGCCCACAGAUGGGUAA